CCUGCGCAGAGUCAGUGCCGCCGGCUCCCGGCGCGUGGGGGCUGCACUUCGCUACUCGUGUCUACUCGGCUUCGGAUCCUUGAGCCUGCGGCGCCCGGUGCUCACUGGCCAUGUCGUGGCUCUUCGGCAUCAAGGGCCCCAAGGGCGAAGGCGCUGGGCCGCCGCUGCCGCUGCCGCCUGCGCAGCCCGGGGCGGAGGGGGGGGACCGCGGCGCAGGGGACCGGCCGGCGCCCAAGGACAAAUGGAGCAACUUCGACCCCACGGGCCUGGAGCGCGCGGCCAAAGCGGCGCGCGAGCUGGAGCACUCGCGACACGCCAAGGAGGCCCUCAGUCUGGCACAGAUGCAGGAGCAGACGCUGCAGCUGGAGCAGCAGGCCAAGCUCAAGGAGUACGAGGCCGCAGUGGAGCAGCUGAAGAGUGAGCAGAUCCGUGUGCAGGCUGAGGAGAGGAGGAAGACGCUGAGCGAGGAGACGCGGCAGCACCAGGCUAGGGCCCAGUACCAGGACAAGCUGGCCCGGCAGCGCUACGAGGACCAGCUGAAGCAGCAGCAACUCCUCAACGAGGAGAAUCUACGGAAGCAGGAGGAGUCUGUGCAGAAGCAGGAGGCCCUGAGGCGAGCCACCGUGGAGCGGGAGAUGGAGCUUCGGCACAAGAACGAGAUGCUGCGGGUGGAGGCCGAGGCACGCGCCCGGGCCAAGGCUGAGCGGGAGAACGCCGACAUCACCCGAGAGCAGAUCCGCCUGAAGGCGGCUGAGCACCGCCAGACCAUCCUGGAGUCCAUCAGGACGGCCGGCACCCUGUUUGGGGAAGGAUUCCGUGCCUUUGUGACAGACUGGGACAAAGUGACAGCCACGGUAGCCGGGCUGACGCUGCUGGCCCUGGGCGUCUAUUCUGCCAAAAACGCCACGUCUGUCGCGGGCCGGUACGUGGAGGCGCGGCUGGGGAAGCCCUCCCUGGUGCGGGAGACGUCUCGGAUCACGGCGCUGGAGGCGCUACGGCACCCUGUGCAGGUCGGCCGGCGGCUCCUCAGUAAGCCUCAGGACGCGCUGGAGGGCGUUGUGCUCAGUCCCAGCCUGGAGGCCCGCGUGCGGGACCUCGCGAUCGCCACCCGGAACACCAGGAAGAACCGGAGUCUGUACCGCAACGUCCUGAUGUACGGGCCACCCGGCACCGGGAAGACGCUCUUCGCCAAGAAACUGGCGCUGCACUCGGGCAUGGACUACGCCAUCAUGACGGGCGGGGACGUGGCCCCCAUGGGGCGGGACGGUGUCACGGCCGUGCACAAGGUCUUCGACUGGGCCAGCACCAGCCGGCGAGGCCUCCUGCUCUUCGUGGAUGAAGCGGACGCCUUUCUCAGGAAGCGAGCCACUGAGAAAAUAAGCGAGGACCUCAGGGCCGCCCUGAAUGCCUUCCUGCACCGGACGGGCCAGCACAGCAGCAAGUUCAUGCUGGUCCUGGCCAGCAACCAGCCUGAGCAGUUUGACUGGGCCAUCAACGACCGCAUCGACGAGAUCGUGAGCUUCGACCUGCCGCGGCGAGAGGAGCGGGAGCGCCUGGUGAGAAUGUAUUUUGACAAGCAUGUUCUUAAGCCAGCCACAGAAGGAAAGCAGCGCUUGAAGCUGGCCCAGUUUGACUAUGGGAAGAAGUGCUCGGAGAUCGCAGAGCUGACGGAGGGCAUGUCCGGCCGGGAGAUCUCCCAGCUCGCCGUGGCGUGGCAGGCCAUGGCGUACGCCUCCGAGGACGGAGUCCUCACCGAGGCCAUGAUGGAUGCCCGGGUGCAGGAUGCCAUCCAGCAGCACAGGCAGAAGAUGCAGUGGCUGAAGGCCGAGGGGAGCCAACCACCCGUGAGCGCCUGGACCAAGUGAGCUGGGCCUGGACGUCUGGGGUGCACUGGCCAGGCAGCAUCACCAAGAGGAAGGACCCAGGUGCCCAGUCUACCAGCGGCCCUGGGGACACUGCACAGCUCCCCUGCUCCCAGACUUUUCAGUCUUCGCCAGCCAGAGCCAGGGCAACACUGGAGGCCUCUGCUCGGACCAGCUGUGCUGUGCACCUUGCUGGUGUGUGUGUUGGGGGGGUUCCUAACUCCUCCAGCCCCCCAGGCUGUGCUGGUGCCGGAGACAGGCUGGGGCCACUCCAGGACAUUCUUGGGAGAUGUCUCUCUGAGCCAGGCUCAAGUAGGGAGAAGGCAGUGCCCCCCAUGCCCAGCAGCCAGGCUGGUAGCACGGUUUCUGGGGCAGGUGCUGGCUACCGCAGCUGUGACCAGCAGUAAGGGGCGGAAGCCCCCCUGCAGCCUGGUGGGAGCUGGCCACCACCCACCUGGGGAGAAGUGUGCCCACCCCGGGCUGUGGCCCUGGAAACCCAGGGGCUGAGAAGCAAUCCACUGACCCACCAGCCAGGGACAUGAGUGUCCAGGGAACUGCCCAGCCCAUAGAAGUUGCAGCUCUCCUUUAUCGGAGUUGGGAUCUUUUUAUCCAGAAUCUAAUAAAAAGUGGCAGUUC